ACUGUGAGGAAAAACGUUUACGUUUUUGCAUUCGUCGUGAAGACGAGAAGACAACGCGGAUAAUAAAUACUCGCAACAUUUCGGAUAAUUAUGAUAUCGUGAGGCUUUAUAGGAUAUAAACAGGCUACACAUGCUUGAAGAGUAAAGGGAGGAGAUUGGAGCAGGGCGGUGCUUUAUGCUCCUGCGGGAUCAUUCCUGCACCCCUGUGAGGGAGUGAAAGUUCAGAGCAAGAAGCAGAAGUGCAUUAAAUAAAGUCUAAACACAGUCAACUGAAACAUUCGCACGAAUCUCUGUCCGGAGGCGCGGGCACAUCUGUCUUCAGCACAGGCGCGCGCGCGUCUGGAUGCGGUUAGUUCUGUGGAAAUACUUUCUUACUCAAGAAUUUAUGGAUGAACCGCAAACACAAAGUGGAAGGUAAAAAAGUGGAAGUUGUAUGUGUGAUUUAAAGAUGCGCUGGGUCUGUUCCUGUGCGCUGUUGCUGAUGGUGCUGGAUAACUGUGCUGUGGCCGUGCCUGCGUGGACAAAACACACGGUGGCCAGUAUUCAGUUGCAUAAACCAUGUGUCCAGGUACCGGCACCUGUGGACACGAGGUCUCAUCGAGGUCCGGCCCGAUCCAAGCGCUAUGCCAUCAACCCACUGGGAUACAAGUGGGAGCAUUUUAACAUCACUUACAAGAUCACGAAGUUCCCCAACACACUGAAUAAAGAUGAUACCCGCAAAGCUAUCAGCAUCGCCUUCACGAAAUGGAGUGAUGUUUCUCCUCUGGCUUUCACUGAAAUCACCAACCCCAACAAAAGUGCUGACAUCACUAUAGGGUUCUACACGUACAAUCACACCGAUUGUUGGCGGUCUCCAUUGCACCCCUGUUUUGACGGACUGAACGGUGAGCUGGCCCACGCCUUCCUUCCUCCACGUGGAGAAAUCCACUUUGACAACCAUGAAUUCUGGAUUCUGGGAAAGUCCCGAUUCAGCUGGAAACAAGGUGUGUGGCUGAACGACCUGGUUCAGGUAGCUGCUCAUGAAAUCGGUCACGCUUUAGGUCUCUGGCAUUCACAGGACCCUAAUGCAUUAAUGCACCCCAAUGCAACGUACACAGGUCAGCGGAACAUCGCUCAAGAUGAUAUCUGGGGCAUCCGGCGCCUUUAUGGAUGCUUGGACAAGAAGCGUGUGUGUGAUCCUUGGGCCCGGUUGGGUUUCUGUGAGAGGAGACGGAGCUUCAUGAAGAAAAACUGCCCACAGCGGUGCGACCUGUGCUUCGAGCCUCUGGAUGCAGUGUCUACCCCGACCCCUCCGCCUGAAAAUGUUAAGAUCAAAAUUGUGCCUCGUGGAAAAGUUGUGGGCUUCCGCUGUGGGACAAAAAAUACCAGAGUGCCUCCAAAAGUCAGCUGGUAUAAAGACGGAGAGCAGUUGCUGACAUCCAUUCCUGGCUAUAUCGCAAUUAAAGAUCGGGACCUGCGGCUCUUGGCCAAUGAAUUCAAUGAAGGCACGUACACCUGCCGCAUCCAUCGGCGCGGUAACGUGGUCUCUGCCAACUCCUGGGCCAUCCGGCUGAAGCCAGAGCAGUCCUCCAACAACAGCUGAUGGAGUGACGGACGCUGGACGUAUUGACCACUUGCUCUACCUCCAGGGCUCAAGACCACUCGGCAGCGCACACACCUCUGUUUGGAGGUCAGCGUCGUAAUGGACGACCUGCACAAGCAGUGGAUCCUGACCUUCGUAACUCUGAGGUCCCAUGUUGUCCAAGACAAUGUUUGUAAGGACCACCAACUGGAUUUCCUGUUGCACGUCUGCUGCAGCGACGACAAAGGUGCUCGCUUUUUUAAUUAACGUAAAUGCCACUUCUGAGGUAUAAUAAAUAGUUUCAUAGAUGCUUAAAAUCUCUGAAGGUGCGAAUCUGAAUUUAAACAUUAUAAACAAUGUAGACCAAUUGAGG